AUGGAAGAGGAGGUCACGUACGCCGAUCUGCGCUUGCCCCCCACACCAGCUCCCCAGCAGCCGGUGCGGCUGCCCUGCUGCUGGGCAGCCCUCAGCCUGUGUCUCCUCUCCCUGGUGCUCCUGCUGACACAAAUCAUCCUUGUCGGCUUGUGCUUCCACUAUUUAGUGCAACAGGCGAGCUGCACCCGUGGUCCUGGGAGCAUGGAGGAGAGCCUCAGCUGUGGGAAACAGACACUGGGAGGCCAAUGCCAGUUCUGCCCAGUCGGCUGGCUCUGGAAUGCGGGACAGUGCUACUACUUCUCCUCCACCAAAAAGAGCUGGGAGCAGAGCAGAGAGGACUGCUGCUCCCGAGGGGCACAGCUAGUCACCAUCCGAGCCAAUGCCACCCUGGCUUUCCUGGUGCGCACAGCCAACAUGGUCUUCCACGUGGGGCUGAAGCGGGACAGCUACAGGUCUGACUGGAAGUGGCUGGAUGGCACUGCACUGAAGGGGGUCUUCCCAAUCCAGCGCUUCAGCAGCUCCUUUGCGGCCUGUGGCAGGGGGUCAGGCUCACGGCUGUCUGCUGGUGUCUGCAGGGAUGCCCUUGGCUGGGUCUGCGAGCAGAGUGCAGCCACCCUGCAGUGGCUCCGGUCCUCACCCCCCUCAUUCCUCUGGGGAAACACCACCUACACCUCUGUGGGGCCCUGGUGA